GCAGAGCAGGGGGGCCUGAGGACUAGAAUUGAGAAGCACUGCUCUAGUGGUAUAAAGGGGGCCACACCUCCUAUAUGCAUUGUGUGUUCUUUCAUCACAUCCGCAGUUAAUUUCAAGGACCCUGUUCUCUUUUGGAGCACAAUUUGGAGUCCAACCUAGAUUAUUUUUGACAAUCCAUUGAACUGCAUAGAUUUAAACUGUCCAAAAUAAAGUUUUUCAAAGUUUUAAAUGGUCAACUCAGCUUGAAAUACUCUGUCUUUAUGCAGUAUUUGUUUUGCAAAGAAUUACUAAUAGCAUAAAUACACACUCAUACCCUCUAAAGACGGCCCAAGUAGAGAAACGUGGAUAUAGAAUAUGGCCUCAGGGAUGUGGGCUGCCUGGUCACUGACGCUUGCCAUCAACAAGAGGUUUGACCCUUGCACCUCUUAUCCAAUGAGAGUGAAGUACUGGCCUUUCGCAUCCAAUCAGAGCGCGUGAUUUGACUGGUGGGCUGGUUCUAAACGCCUGGCACCGCAGAAAGAGCGGAUCUGCUAUUCGUAUGUUUUUUCAGUCUCGGGUGGAGUCUACAUCCCGUCGCUUCUCUGCGGGCAACAAGGAGGAUUUCUUUUUUUUUUUUUUUAUUAGUUUGACUACUGCUUAUAACCCGCCAAGACAUUGAAGCAGCUCCUCGAAGAUGACGACGACCACCACGUUUCAAGGGUUAGACCCCGGUUCUAAAAGCAGUUCCAGGGUACUACGGCCGCCUGGUGGGGAGUCCAACUUCUCUCUUGGCUCAGAUGAAAACUCAACCCCCCAACGCAAGAACAAGAUGGCCUCUAGCAUCUUUGCAGAACCUGAUGACCCCCAUGCUCAUCGAAGGAACAAUCCACCAACUGGGGCUCCUACAGGAACCCUGUGCGGGGAGCCCUCGGCCCCCCUCAGGAGGGUCCAGCAGCCUCUCCUCUUCCCCAAGAACCCCCAGCCAGAGCUGACCACCAUCCACAACUCUGGAGCCGCCAUGAUCUGGAACCAGAGACGAGAGGGUGAGAACGGCCAGGAACAAGCAAACUAUGAGAGGCCUGAAGAUGUGGAGGGGGAGCUGGAGGAGCCCGAACUGAAGGAGACGUCACAGGCCCCUGACCCGUCGGGAGGUGCCAACGCUGCCGCAGGCGGCCGGAGAAACCCUCCUGGUGGCAAAUCCAGCCUCAUCCUGGGUUGAGACAACUCCUUUUUCUUUUUUUUAUAUAUAUAUAUAUUUUUUUUUGUUUUUUGUUUUUCAUUCAAUCACUCUUUUUUUUAUUUUUUGAAGAUAAAAACACCCCCCGCCACUGUCUUCCUCUUCAUCAACAUGUCACUGUCUCUUCUUGUCGUCCUCCUUCACGUGGCGUCACGUCCAUGGACUCUCAUGUCCUCUCACUCCACCCUCAAACCUUUCGUUUGAUCCUUUUUUUUUUCUAUUGAAAGAAGAAAACUGUUGACAAAAGCACUUUAUGUAUCUCCCACACCCCUCCCAUUUCAGCCCAUCCUGUAGUGCAUCGCGCCUGCUGGGAAAGGCAUGACAUGAUUUUAGCUUGUCCCUCAUUCCUUCCUCCGUUGUAAAUGGUAAAACAGACAAAAAAAAAACUAAAAAAGAUUUGAUGUGUGGAUUUCUAAAUACAAUAAAGAUUCAUAUGAAAUUGCA